GCAGUAAUCUCUCAGCGUUUUGCAAACCAAAAUGGCGGCGGCGGCGCGUGGCUGCGGUGGGGUUUGGCGCCGGGUGUUGCAGCGCGGGUCCCGGGGGUCUUGCUCCGCUUCCCGCCCUCGGCGAGCCGUUGCCUGCAACGCCAGAGGUGGGGCGGUGCCAGCGGGGCAGAGCCGUCUUGCUCCAUGGGUACCAGUUGUGGGUCUGGAAAUUCAUGCACAGAUCAGUUCCAACUCGAAACUUUUCUCUGGUUCCCAAGUCCAGUUUGCAGCACCUCCUAACUCUUCGGUAUCUUUCUUUGACGCAUCUUUACCAGGAACUUUGCCAGUUCUCAACAGGAGAUGUGUAGAAGCAGCCGUGAUGACAGGCCUGGCACUCAACUGCACCAUAAACAAGAAAUCCUUGUUUGACAGAAAACACUAUUUCUAUGCAGAUCUGCCUGCUGGCUAUCAAAUCACUCAGCAAAGAGUUCCUAUUGCGGUGAAUGGGAGUCUGUCAUACAGUCUCUGCAUAGAUAACAAAAUGAGCCAGAUGGUGACCAAAACUGUGAGGAUUAAACAAAUUCAGUUGGAGCAAGACAGUGGAAAAAGUCUCCAUGAUGAUGCAAGGAGCCAGACUCUCGUUGACUUGAAUAGGGCUGGAGUCGGCCUCAUGGAGGUUGUCAUGGAGCCCGAUAUGUGCUGUGGGGAAGAAGCAGCUGCUGCAGUCAGAGAGCUUCAGCUUAUUCUUCAGACACUUGGGAGCAGCCAGGCAAUCAUGGCAGAGGGUCAGCUGAGAGUGGAUGCCAAUGUUUCUGUGCAUCACCCUGGAGAGCCUUAUGGAGUAAGAACCGAGGUGAAGAAUAUCAAUAGCAUAAGAUUCCUGGCAAAAGCAGUAGACUAUGAAAUACAGAGGCAAAUUAAAGAACUCGAAAAUGGAGGAACGGUUCUGAAUGAAACAAGAGCGUUUGAUUCUAAGCUUGGGUGUACUGUGCCAAUGAGAGACAAAGAGGGAAAGCAAGAUUAUCGGUUCAUGCCAGAGCCAAAUCUUCCCCCACUGAUUCUAUACGAUGCUAAAUCUUUGCCAGCUAAUGUGAACCAUCAGCAAGUGGUAAAUAUCGACUGGAUUCAUGAGAGACUUCCUGACCUCCCCAGUGUGAAGAGAGCAAAGCUUGUUGAACUGUAUGGGAUUCUUCCUGAACACAGCUUCACCUUAGUGAAUGAAGAUGGAUUAAUGGAAUUCUUUGAAGAUGUGGUAAAACAGACCCAGAUGAAGCCAAAGAAAGUGAUCGGCUGGAUUCUAAGUGACCUACUCAGUCACUUAAAACAACAUUCCCUUACAGCAAAGGAAAGCCCCAUCAGUUCUUUUCUCCUAGCUGACCUUCUGAAUCUUCUAGCAAAUGGAGAAAUUUCUUCUUCGGCGGCAAAGCAGGACAGUCUGAAAAAUCAUCGCUUCACAUAUUCAUCUCUAAAGUUAUGAAUUGCUUGUGAUAGUAACUGUAACUCUGGAGCAUAUAUAUGCAAAAUCUGGAGUUCUUUUGUGAUAGGGAAUAACUGCCAUUCACCCCAAAUUCUCUGUGUGGGAUUCAUCGUCCUUCCAGGUGAGUUAUUGUCCUCUACAUUUAAGUACGUUAGUUAACCGUUUUUUCCUCAGGUGGCUGUCAGCAAAAUUAUUUAAGAAGAUAUUUAACUUGCCUUGCCUGCUUUCAAGCUCUCGCCUCUCUAAAAUACACAGGGCAGGUUUCCACCUUUCUAGCACAAGUUGAUGGAGUCCAAGUACAACUUUAAAACAGUAGAGGCGUUAGUUCACUCUUUACAUGAUUAUAAAGUAACAGCUACAAAUGUGGCUCUUUUUCCUCCUGGGGGACGCUUCCUGGUUUUGGGGGGUUUCUUUUGGAGGUGCUUGUGGAUUUUGAUUACGUUGGCCUUGUAGUUGGCCUGCUCCUCGGAAUAGCCAGCUGCUUUUUAUAGGCACCAUAAAUACAGAUUUAAGUGCCUGAUUUCAGGCAUGCGCAUCUGGAAAUUUUGGAUUGGAAAAGUAAAAGCUUCAAAAAGGACAUAAAAUAUUAACAGGGAAAUACACUGGGAUGCAGAGCAGUUGUGUGCCUGCAGGGCAAUGGGACACCCAGUAGUUCGGGGUCUGCAUCUGAAAAAGAGGCUCAGAACUCCAUUCUUAACUCUGAUUCCUUCUGGAGGUAGAGAGGAUACUCGUGCUCUUCCACUGGAGUCCUUUGCUUGUGAUAAAUCUGUAUGCCCGCACUUCUGACAGGUUAUGAAAUGUCAAGAAUUUCAGAGAUGCCUUUCUUGUUUAAUUACAAACUCCUUAUAACAUGCAUGUUGUCCUCUGCGUUCUGCAAUUGGACACAGAAAUAACAGUACUAUUUGCCAUCACUGAGUGAUGCUGUCAAACUGCAGGAACCUUGCCACAUUUAGAAAAGUAUUUUGGUUGCCUGGAUGUCAGAAGAAUAACAAAUGUUUAUAACAAUUCUCAGCAGUAGGCCAAGAUGCUGGAUGGCCUGAGGGCAGAAGGGGCUAUAUAUACACAACGGCAGAUGAAGUGCAGCACUUGGAGUGGAGGAGAACGAAUUGCAGUGGUAGAGACAGAUCCAACUAGAAUCACUAGCAGGGUUGAUGGGGUGAGCGCACAGACAUGCAUACACAUGCGUGCUCGCAGCAGGAAGCUGUUAGAAGUUUUAAUUUGUUAAGAGGAUUGUGUUCAGUCUCUGCUGUAUAAGGCAUUAAAACACAGAUAAAAGCUGCGAGUGCUGAUUAUAGACACAGAACAUUGUAUGGUAGGAUGCAUAUGCCAAGGAAAGGGCACAGUGUGCUUACAUAAUUACCACUUGGGUAAUUACAGAGCUCACGCCCAACUUGUCAUCAAAUAUAGCAUCCUACCCCAGAGGCCUCCAAAGCAGUUUCAUGCUGGCAUGCCUCUACAAAGGGGAGCAGCCUCUAGCUCUGCUGGUAUGCAGGGCUGUGCAGUGAGCGUGUCCUGCACCGGGAAGGCCUGCACAGGCACACACUGUACAUGGCCUACCCUAGAGGCACCAUUUGGAUGUCAACAGUGGAGUGCAACUCCACUACACUGAAACCGGUCUGAUGGGAGUACGGCCAAGGUGGGGCCUCACUCUUCACCGGUAGGGCUGGCAUUUUGCACGUCUGUGGCAGAAGGGACGUGCUUUUCAGCGAGGGCAUUGUGGGAGGAAGGUGGUUCUUGUGCCAGGAAAGCAGAGCCUAGCUUUGGCUGCUGAGAGCCAUGCUGCAGCAACUCUGUGGGAACACCCCCUUUGUAUGUUCAUCAGGGAUCUAUAGCAGGGUGUGGAGAAGAGCAGGCCCCUUGUCUUGUUAGCUUGUGCAGUUGCAUAGGUCACCCAUACAAGAAUAACUUCAGCAGACCCACUUGGCACACCUACUUCAAAGUAGGUAGCAGGGAAAUGAGUACAGUAUACAAACCUAAACAGAAGCAUCUGCUUUGACAAUUACGGUCAUACCAGCUGGAGCAGUGAGCCCAGCCUGCCCCUCACUUUUGUCAGAGGCUGAGGGAUAACUGCCAGACAUCAAGGCUUUCCAUCAGGGCAGAGGAGAGCUGCCCACGGGACAGGCUCAAAUGGUGCUGCCUGCUGCUUCCCUCCUCCUCUGGCAGCACAUUGCUGUGGGUAGGCUUUCCAGUUGGAGCCAUUCUCAGGCAGAGCAGUCAGCUGGCAUGAUCGCCAGCUGCAGAAUGUUUGAUAUGAUGCCCUUGGCAGCCUGACGUGCAAGUCCUGAUUAAUUCAUCUUGACCAGUGGUUUGCUGCUAUGCCUGUUAGGUGGGGAGAGCAGAACAUCAUUAAAAUCUAAUCACGCUCAGCCAAGAGUCAAUAGUAGAAACUACUGAGAUUUCAGUGAUGGAAAUGAGGCCUGAGAUUCUCAUUUUGGCUCUGGAGACUUCAUAAUUUGAUCCCACUGUUCUGGCGCAGACAGUUUGUGUAAAUGAGCUGAAAUCAUUUUUUAAACUGCUUUCUUUACAUUUCUACUCCUUGCCAAGUAGCGAAACACAUUUUUAAAAGUGUAUUUUUGACAGGACUUGGCCACAUCUCUUUCUGCUUUCCUACGUACCUGUAAACAAGCAAGGGCCUUGAUAACGGUACCGCUCUGGUAGCUAAGUGGAUACGCUCGUUACCAAAUUGAAAAGUACACAUGAUGCAGAUGUCACAGGGAAAAUCUGCUGCCUUGAAGGUUUCUAAUGGGCAAGCUUUUCUCAGCACCAGGAGAUGUCUGGCACAGGAGGAGCGUGGAAUCAGAGACGGAUCUCCAAAUGUCAGCUGUCCAGCAGCCUGAUGUAAGAGUUGCUGCUGGGUAACUGUGCCAUGGUUGGCUGCUCGGAUUUUGUUUGUUGCAAAUUUUUCCCUCCUGCAGCCCACAAUGUCUUGCUUGCGUGCAUACUAGUCCUAAAAAUCACAUCUGCCUUUUUCCAGGACAGUGAUAUGGCUUCUUCGUUGCCAAGUCUCUGAUUUGUGCAGCGCUUCAGACUCUCCAGGGUGUUCUGCUGUGGGCUGUGCUGUGCAGGGAGGCCAGAGCUCCCUUUGAGGGGAGAUGUGCCGCCCCAGUGCCUUGGGAGGCCUCGGGGACAGAAAGCUUUCUGCCAGGUCCCUGGGGAAGGAGGAGCAGCUGGGGCUGCCUGCGGAAUGAGGCAUGGAGUGAAGCAAAAAGAUAAUGCAGAGAACUGCAGGCAGGUUGAGUCUGUGCUGGAUGUGUUUGUUUCUAGGGGUGUUUCAGGUAGCACGGGCAUGAUGAUCUUUAAGCACGGUAGUGGAAGAGAGAUCUUGUAGAGGACACUGUAUAUGGCAUUGAUUUUUGUAGAUAUAAGCAGCUUAAAGCUUUGCUUAUGGUGGUUAUAACUCUGCUUAUCAGUAAUUUACUAUUUUGAUCUCUGCUUAACCUUCUUGCAAGGGAAAAAACAAGAUGCAGCCGCCGUGAGAGUUGUGCAUCUUUACCCUCUCUCAGGGUUUCAGCUCUGUGAUAAGAUCCCAUCAAAAGCUUUGGGGUACAGCUGCCACACAAAUAUCUGCUUGCAGGAAUAUUGUCAGUGCAUGGUUCUUAUGUACCUGCUGUGGCUACAGAAUUGUUUAACUGAGGGUCUUUCUUACGACAAAAUAUUCCUAAUGUCCUAAAGAAUAUUGCUGGCAUACUUGAAGCACCAUCCCACGUGUGCCAUUUUCCCUAAGUUGUCUCACUGCUUUGCUAAUUAUUUAACAUGCAGUUUGAGUGCUCCUUCUCCUCUCCCCUUCCCAGCCUCUUCUCCAUCCUGCAUUGAGUAUUUAAUGCUGAAAUGGUGACAGGACACUAUUUCCACACUGGUAUGCAGCAGUGGACCAAACAUACAAUUAUAUCUUCAGUGCAGAAUGAAGCAUAAGCAGCUGUUUUAAUAACGAUUUUCUUCCUCUCCUCCCACAGCUCUGAAAUAAGAGCAAAGGAAAUAAGAGCAAAAGAAAAUGACUGCCCAAGGAAAUUGUUUUUUAUAAAUGUUCUCUCAAGUUUAUUCCGGGGCAAGAGCCCUGAUACAGCAUAGGAACACACCGCAUUAACAAGUAAUUUUUCCUGAGGCUUAGGGUCACCCAGCAUUCCUUUUUUGGGAGGUGAUGCAUAGGUGGGCCUGAAGCUGGUGCAGAGAUUCUGCUUGGCACUGUUUUUCUUCUGCUUUGUCAUACGUAUCCUCGUUACAGUUUGCUGAUGAGGACAGGUAAUGAGAUGAGUUUCCUGGGACUGGACUUGGUACUGCGGUCAACUAAUGGUCAGUUCCCAGGCAGAGAUGCCACUCAUGGAAAUGCAUUCUCUUACUGCUCUCAGGUAGUUCUUGUGCAUAAUGUGAGAUGACCACUGUUACUUUUGCUCUUACUAAAAUCUGACUUCUUAGAUCUGCGUCUAAAAUACUGCAGAUAAAUAACAUCAAUAUGUAAAGUCACUGACCAUUGCUACUCAUUGUGGU